AUGGAGUUCAAAUUACCCCAUCUUCCAGUGAAACACCGCGAAUUCUUGAACUAUGUUCAUUCAAACCCCGAUCCCCCAAUGGCGGACCUGGUUAUCCAGUUCAACAAUUACGAUGCAGUUCUGCGUAGGAUAUAUGCGCAAGACCCGUCAAACUCGAUUUUGAAAACCCCUCAUCUCAACGUCGUCCCCCUAUAUGAUAAGUCUGGCUCUACAGAUAUUCGUAUUCGAGCACGAGAACUUUCGUCCGAAACACCCGAGCAGAAAGAAAAAUACAUUCUUCCUUUACCUAAUGAUUUACGGAAGCCAAAUGGCUCACAAGCAGUGGUAACAACAUUGGCCGAAUUCAAAAACAACUUCAAUAUCUUCACAGAAGGUGCAUUGAAUGAUAUAGACUGGACGAAUAUAGUUGCUGCUGGCAGUUCUGUUGUCACUCCCUUAUUACCUGUGCCAGAGAAAUAUCACGGUUCCAAGCGUAGUCUUCGCAAAUACUACCAUGAUGUGUUUACUCCGGCUUCUGAUGUGGAUCUCUUCUUAUAUGGUAUGACCGAUGAACAAGCUCUUACAAAGAUUAUGGAAAUCGAAGAUAAGAUCCGAAACACCAUUCUUUACGAAACAACAACGAUCAGGACAAAGAACACAAUCACAAUUGCCUCGCAGUAUCCAAAUCGGCAUAUACAGAUUGUUCUUCGAAUCUAUCAAUCCUUGUCUGAGAUACUUACAGGGUUCGAUGUGGAUGUUUCAUGUGUGGCCUAUGAUGGUCAACAGGUCUAUGCUUCGCCGCGUGCUAUUGCAGCUUUUAUCACGCAGGUCAACCAGAUAGACCUGACCCGGCGCUCUCCAUCAUACGAAAAUCGACUAUCAAAAUAUUCGCAUCGAGGAUUUGAAGUUUUUUGGACUGGCUUAGACCGUUCAAAAAUAGACCCGACCAUUUUCGAGCGAAGCUUUACUAGAACUCAGGGUCUUGCAAGACUCCUAGUGCUAGAAAAACUCCCUAAGCCUGAAGAUCGAGACAACUAUCAGCUGAGAAGGCGCAUCGAGCGUGGCCGGCCAGCAGGUAAUAUCGGCACAAUGCGACGUUCACGGGGAGCUUUGAAGGGGAACAUCAAAGACCAAUGGGAUGACGAAGUUCCUGACUGGCAAGAACAAGAUCAAGUCUCGAGCUACCAUACUUUUACAAUUCCAUAUGGCAAACGUUUCCACGCAAAAAAUAUUGAAAGGUUGCUUUACGCCAAAGACUUACUUUUGAAUGCUCAGUGGAACAAACCAAAAAACCGGGGAGUUUAUCUUCACCGUCAUCCAGCAUUUUUUGGUGACGCAGAAUAUAUCUUCCAUGAUUGCUGCGGUUUUUGUCCUAAGCCAGUCACGGAGGAAGAAACCAAAGUUCUUGAGGAAGAAAGCAAAAUCUAUGUUUCGGGAGAGAUUUCCUUUAUUCAAAAUGAUCCUGGUCGUCAAGAGAUUGGAAGCUUUAACCCCAUCAAUGAUACUGAUUGGAUCGAAAUGGCAUAUAUCAGCGAUACUGAGAGACUAUGCCAUGCAAUUGUGUUGAAUGAUAUGAAGGGUGUGAAAGCGUGUCUAGAAGCAGAUGGUGGUGACCCAAAUCGACGUGACAUAACAGGUCGGACACCCUUGCAUUUGGCCUGUAUUUCAUCAACACCUGGAAUUGUUCAGUCUCUUGUUAAUAGCGGUGCUCGGCUCAUUUCACGCCUAUUCGACGGAAGAACUGCUCUUCAUCUUGCCGCUGCUCGAGGAGACAUCGAGAUCAUUCGAAUUUUGCUUGAGAAGAGUAGCGAAAACGAAGAGGCACAAAAGACAGAGCCCAAAAAGCCAGAAGAUCAUGAACUGCUUGCCACAAACAGCGACGGAGACAAAGAGGAUGAAGAUAAGGAUAAUGAGGAAGAUGAAGAAAGUGAGAAUGAGGACAGUGAAGAAGACGAAGAAAGUGAAAAUGAAGACGAUGACUCCUAUAUCAAAGUUGAGAGAAUUGAUGAUGCUACAGAGGAAAAUCUACUUGAGCCAGAUAUCUACGACAUCAACGCUACUACAUGGGAUAACCAUGUUUCUCCAUUGCACCUUGCUAUACUUCAUGGUCACACCGAUGUUGUGAAGGAGCUUGUCACAUCCUUCAAAGCUGAUGUUUCAAUACCGAUUAAAACGGUGUACGACUCCGAAAACCAGUCAAUUCUGAAUCUCGUUCUCGCUCUUACACUGCCACUUCACAAAGCUCGUGAGAUGUCACAGACCCUUCUUCAGCUCGGAGCAUCAGUUGCCCAAGCAGACGCUGAAUAUAAAACACCACUUCACUACCUUGCUGCUUCAGAUAAAUCGGAGCUUCUUGAUACCUACCUUGAAAAUGAUAGGCCAGCUGUACAAAGGGCUCUGAAUCACUUUUCGAUAAUUGGCCUUUACAAUCCAGGUUUCUAUUCAGUACUGGUAAUGGCACUUCGUGCAAAUAACCCUGUGUUUGCAACAAGGCUAUUGGAUAUAGGUGCAGAGCCAGAGGUUGAGUUCAGCGAGAUUCUGAAUGCUAUCAAGAGAUACCUUCCGCGAAAUCCACUCGACGAACAUUCAAAUUUCAAUCAUUGGCAGCCAAUCUGGUUUGCUAUCACAAAAUAUCUUCCGUCAUUUGCUAUUGACCUUAUUGCCCGUGGUGUCAAUAUAAAUACGGAAGUAAGAUACUUCAAUGACCACGAGACAAUUUUGGAGACCACGCGAAAGACUCUAGAAAGACUCAAAAAGUUUUAUUCUGGUAGGAUUGACAGGAGAUGCCGGAUAUCUAGCCCUAUGAAUUUUACAGGUGGUGACGAAUCAUAUAUUGCCAAGUUCCAGCCAGGGAGCUACAAGAUGUUUAUUGCGAAGGGAAUUCUCCAAAGAGCACGACAAACCAGUUUAUCCGCCGAGAAGAGCCACACUGCGAUAGCUCGUCAAGCUGAUGAAGAAGGAACUGUUGAAAAAUACGAAGUGAUCGCCCGCUUGAUUUCAGAGUACGCGGCUCUCGAAAAUGAACUUUUGAAAAGAGGGGCGAAAACUUUCUCUGAGCUUCACCCAGAGAAGGAGAGUCGGGGCCAUGAUGCUUGCUCUAGAAACAGUGAUGAUAAUAAAGAGGAUGGUUCUGUCAAAGAUCCUCUUAGAAUCAGAUUCAAGUUUCACGGCACAUCUAGCACUACAUAUGGCCGUGAAGGAUAUUUGGAAUUAUUUGAAGCCUCUUGGAACGGAGAUAUUGAUACGAUACGGAAGCUAACUCUAGGGCUUUGGGGGUCCUCAAACCCACCACUUGAGCUCGCUGUUAAUGACGACCGUGGGCUAACAUGCCUAUCUAUCUCUAUCUUGCGUGGUCAUCUUGAUGUCGCAAAAUCCAUUCUCGAGAUCAUCGGUACUCAAUAUAAACCGACAUUCACAACUCGGCGAUUCGAAAUCGAUAUAGAGAAUGAUGACUACCAAGAUGAAGAACUUCCAAUCACCAGCAUUGUUCAUGAUGAUACCUUCACUCAUGAUAAUAUUGGAGAAGCGGUAACUCACGCCGAAAGCGAUGUGUUUCCUAUUGCUGCACUGAACAGAUGCUUUGACAUUUUUGGGUAUAUGAGUGAACAGCUUUCAAUGGAUAUUUCCGGAUUUAAGUCAGCCGAAACUGAGGGUAGCAUCAUGAUGUUUGCUAUCUAUAAGAACGAUAUCUCUCUUUUGGACUUUAUCUUGGAGAUGAGGAUGCGCAUUCUCAUUGAAUCUGAGUUUGAUGAGGUGAUUGCCUGGCUUCCGGAGGAUGAAUUUCGACUUGCUAUUUCGCUAGGCCGUACUGAGUGUCUUGCCAAGCUUAUUCAAAGUACUGGAAUUGGAUUUCCACUUGCUAUACUAAGCAUGAACUCAGAUGUUGAACCUGAGCAAGAUGGUCUUUCCUACCAAGGUUUAUCAGUCCGCGGCCAAAAGCGCUCCGACUGGGCCAAGAUGAAUCGAGAUACCUUACCCGAGCUACAGGAUGUGACCUCACCUCUCUUGCAUUCAGCUCUGAAAGGAAACCUUGCGAGCACCGAAUUCUUCCUUAGCACCGCUCCAGCUCGUUACUACAUUGGUUAUCUUAACUCGCAUCUUGACAAUGCGGGUGUGAAAAGACUUACCCGUUCUAAGCAUGGCGUGGAAGGGUCCGUGCAUAAUUGGCUACAAGCAGGAGGUAUGUAUCACCACUCUUAUAAGCUGAUCAAUCCGACUGGAUAUAACGGGAGGCAAAGCUCAGCCAUGGGAAAUUUCUCGAAGUACUUUUUUCUAAUUUUUUUAACAGAUAAUCUUGUGCUUCAUUGCGCCAUUUUGUGUGAUAUCAAUGAGAAUUCGGAGCAUCUAGUACGGUAUCUGGUUGAUCAUCACCCAGAAUGUUUGGAAGUUCGAUCUAAGGAAGGGUAUACUCCGCUUGCCCUUGCCUUCGCGCUUCACCGGAUCGCAUUUGCCCAGAUCUUGAUCUCCGCAGGAGCAAAUCAGGCCGUUCGUGACAAUAAGGCAAAAAAUCUUCUUCAUCACUGUCUCGUUAAGCUUCAAGGUGAACCUCACUUAGAAAGUGAAGGCGUGAAAAAGCUUGUCAAUCUCCUAGACAAGCAACACGUCUCGACAAUGCUAAUUGAGCGUGCCGGUAAGAGCUCAAGAACACCCCUUGGUCGCUGGCUACAGUCACUAUCGUCUUCAUUCACCGAGAAGUCUAGUGAGAUAGCAAGUAUAGUGGCCACAGUCCUCGAUCUAGCCAGCUCCACAGACCAAAAGCUCUUAGAUGUCUUCGAUGGAUUAGGAAACACUAUAACUCACCAAGUCGUCAAGCAAGGACUUCCUUAUGUGUUAGAACAAAUCCUUGAUCGCCGUCCUGAUUUAUUGUACCGUGAAUCCGCAGUGGGAACCACACCUCUUGAGAUGGCAGUGGAUAAAUGGGUUAACAAAAUCACUUCCCAUCCGCCACUCUGUCCUGAUAUAGCUGAUCGUGAGCUGAAAUAUCUCCUUCAAGACAAGGGUACAGAAUCAGACGAAGACAUUUUAGUCCGAAUUUGCCGGGAGCGGGCUCAGAAGCGACCUGCAAAGAGAAAACUCGUUAGCCUUUUUGAGGCGAACGAAAUCACGAAGAGGUUGGCAGUAAUGAGUUCAUCGUCCAGACUUAUCAGCAAUAGGGUGGAAUCUGCUCACGAAUCUUUUUCGAGCCGGAUGAACGAGCUUGACCAGUGGAUCGAGAUGGUUUCCCUCGAUCGGGCGCCUCUGUACUGGUAA